AUGGCAAAUAUUAGAUUGCUCUCUACAAGCAUGGUUCAAGCCACUACUAACAUGGUGACAGUAGAGAGGUUUGAUUUGACUCAAUGUGAUCUACAAUUUCUUCUGCUAGGUGCCAUCCAAAAGGGUCUUCUCUUCCUCAAACCCAAAUCAUCAGAAGAUCAAAACUUAUUGAUCCAACACUUGAAAACCUCACUUUCUCGCACUCUAGAUUUCUUCACACCUCUUGCUGGUCGACUAGCCAUGGUUGAACAUGAUGAUAACACUGUCUCCUAUUUCAUUGACUGCAACAAUGCAGGAGCCCAGUUUGUUCAUGCUGCGGCCGAUGGUGUAACAGUGGCUGACAUCCUCAAGCCAGUGUAUGUUCCUCCAAUUGUCCACUCUUUCUUCCCAUUAAAUGGGGUCUUAAACUACGAGGGUGUUUCCAAACCAUUCCUAGCAGUUCAAGUCACUGAACUUGUUGAUGGCAUCUUCAUUGGCUGUACCAUGAACCAUCUUGUUGUUGACGGCACAUCAUUUUGGAAUUUCUUCAAUUCUUGGUCUGAAAUCCAUCGUGGGUUGGAUCACAUCUCCGAGCCUCCAGUUCUUGAUCGUUGGUCAUUUCUCAACAGUAGUACCUGCCUGCCGAUCCAUCUUCCUCUCUCAAUCAUCAAAAACAAAACUGUUAGGUUCACUCCACCACCAUUGCAAGAAAGAGUUUUUCAUUUUACCAAGCAAAAAAUUUCAAGGCUAAAAGCAAAAGCCAACGCCGAAUCCGCCACCAAGUCGAUCUCCUCUCUUCAGUCACUCUUGGCUCAUAUUUGGAAAUCUACAACUAGAAAUGGACAAGUAAUUGAUCUUGACAAAGAGGUUGGUCUAACGGUACUUGUAGGUAUAAGGACACGAUUACAGACGCCAUUACCAGGAGCAUAUUUUGGAAAUGCACUAAUGUCUGAGAGAGUAACUCUGAAAGCAAGAGCGAUAUUGGAGCAACAACUUGGGUAUGUAGCUUUGCAGAUUAACAAGGCAGUUUCUUCGUACACAGAAGUCAAGGUAAAAGGCAUUUUAGAGUCUUUGAAAGAGAAUCUUAAUCCGAGAACAAUGGGCGAACUUGCACGUAAUCAUUGUUUGUAUACCAGCAGUUCACCGAGGUUCAAUAUUUAUGGAACUGACUUUGGUUGGGGAAGGCCCGUUGCAGUACGAAGCGGGCCUGGCAACAAGUUGGAUGGGAAGAUAACUUUGUUUCCUGGAUUUGAAGAAGGCAGUGUGGACAUUGAAGUAUGUGUUUUGCCUAAGACUUUGAAAGCUAUGGAAAAUGAUUUAGAGUUCAUGGAUGCUGUCAGCAUCUGA